UUUCAAGCAUAUAUAAAUACCAGCAAAUCAGAACAACCAUCAUCACCAUUCAGCAAAAUAAUCAACUCUCCUCAAACUUCUCAAUUUCAAGACUCUCUCUCUCUCUCUCUCUCUCUCUCUCUCUCUAGAUCUCCAGAAUGGAGUGUGUGGUAAAACUGGCGGCACAAAAGGCGGUAGUGAUAUUCAGCAAGAGCACGUGCUGCAUGUGCCAUGCAAUAAAGAGGCUGUUUUACGAGCAAGGAGUGAGCCCAAUGGUGUACGAGCUGGACGAGCAGAUAAACGGCAAGGAAAUGGAAAGAGCCCUUAUUAGGUUAGGCUGCACCCCAACCGUGCCAGCUGUUUUUGUCGGUGGCAAAUUCAUCGGCUCCGCAAAUGACGUUUUAACCCUCCACCUCGACGGUUCCCUCAAGAAGAAGCUCAAAGCUGCCGGAGCUCUCUGGCUCUGAUCGAUCGAUAAAUAUAUAUAUAGUACUAUCAGAUGCUUUUUUUAUCAAGCAUUUGAGUCAUGUCCUUUUCUUUUUCUCUCUCUAGAUCUCUCUCUCUCUCUCUCUUCUUUUUCUUUUUGGGUAUGUAAUAUGUAAGAAUCAGCUUUUGAUGAGCUACAAGAUAGAUCCUAACUGAGCUCACUUAUCUUUUUUGAGCAUAAUGGAAUAUAUUACAGUUUCACUAAA